ACGCAAGGUACCACCUUUUUUCUUCCCACUUGCAGUUUGUACUGAAACAGAACAACGGGGAAGAAGAAGAAGAAGAUAAUAUUUGCUUCAAUUUCAAUUUUUGAUUUAAUUAUUUAAAUAAAAAUGCCAAUUAAGAGUGAACCUUCCACUCCGCCGCCGAGUAUCGGCAAGAUCGGGCCGUACACCGUGUUUGUCACUCCUCCGGCGACGCCCAAACCGGAAUUUACCUCAGUACAGAAACCGGUUCAGCCGCUUACUCCUCCGCCGGUUAUGGCUCCUCCGGCUCAAUUCUACAAGGAAACCCCUUCUUCGUAUGCUUUCUUCUCGGACGCCGUUGCCAAAUUUCAAAACGCACAUGAGAAUUUGGAUGAACACGUGGCACAUUGGUUUGGAUUGAACCAGUCAAAAUAUCAGUGGGCAUUAGAUGAUUACUACCAAAACAAUGAGAAGAAUAAGAGAGAUGAUAAACCAAAGAUUAAAGAAGGCAAAGUAGAGAUUGUAUGAUUCAGACAAAUGCUUAUGAUCAGGUAAGAUAGUUCACUAAACCUUGGAUAGCAGCUACAUAUUGUUGUAUUAUUUUUAAUAUUUACACUGAAAUUAAAAGAAAAUGUCUGCGUAUAUUUUGCAAUUUGAUUCGAUAACCAGAUAAAACGGAACAAGAUCGACUGGAGUUCGUUGUUUACAUAGUUCUAGUGUUGCUUAACAUGUACAUUAACUUGUUUGCUAUUUAGUUACACGAAUUUCUAGAGAGAGCGUAUCUUGGAAAAGGAGAAACCUUUGUAACCCUCGUAAGCAUACCUGCAGUUUUUCAGCAUCAAAGAAUUAAUUUGGUCUCGA